GAAAUUUAUUUCAAUGAGGACGUCGGUUUGAGAUAUAAAUGUUUUGAUUUAAGAGCUCCAUCACACAACCAAGCUCGUGAAUUGAGGCACUACUGUUCAGGAUUUCUGUUCCGUUCAGCAGCUCAAUUUCCUUUUUCGAUGGCCGUGUCAUUUGCCUUUAACUUGAAAAGCUGCGUUUGUAUGCAUGUUGUUGUGUUUUUCCCUACGAUGAGGGUGAGUCCAUACCUCGCUAAAUGACUGCCCUGGACAAUUGUGUGAGUGUGUUUGAUGUAAUGUGAACAAUUUCAUUGAUGUGAUGUUUCAAGGCAAAAGUUAUCGGCAGCUUGUGAAAACGGAAAAAUCCUGCUGCAGCAUUGUAUGCGCCGCAUGGUUCAAAGGGUGGGAAUAAACUUACAGCUCAUAGUCUGGAACGUACGGUACGAUGGAACUGAUUUAAAAAAAUAAUGAAUAAUAAAGAAAACCCUUGAUCAAACCAUAACAUGAACUACAGCCUUGAACGUUGAAAUGGUUAGUGAAGUGAGAGACUCUUUCCAGUGCUGUGCAGGUCAUUUCGGUAAUCAUGGGCACUCCUGGAAGACGAAGUGUUGUAACAAAGCAGAGUGGGUGUUGUCUGUCUAUUGAGGUUAAUUUGUCUCUUUAUUACCACAGAUUGUUUUUUUGACACAGAAUUUAUGUAACUGAAUUUUUUGCGUUUUUGAAUUUUGUGAAUAGAAUUUUCAAAUUAUGCUGAAAAUUGAAUUGAAUAGAAAAAGGGGAAGAAGACCCAUGUCACCAUCGAUUGCCUAAUUGGCCUAAAGUGGGUCUUGAGUUUUGAAUUAACAAAUAUUUCUGCACUGAAUUCUUAUAGACCAGGGGUGUUAAACUCAUUUUAGAUCGGGAGCCACAUGGACAAAAAUCUACUCCAAAGUGGGCCGAAUUGGUAAAAUCACGGCACGAUAACUUAAAAAUAAAGACAACUUCAGAUUGUUUUUGUUCUAUAAAAAUAGAACAAGCACAUUCUGAAAUUGUACAAAUCAUAAUGUUUUUGGGGUUUUUUUUACACUUACAUGUUGCGGUUAAUAGUAUAUAUACUUUGUUAUUAUUUAUAUUUUCUGAAUAAAUUAUGUGAUAAUGUUCAUCAGUCAACUCAUUGGUGUUCAUUUUCAAUCUAUCAAGAUAAAAAAAUAUAUCAAAAUGAAGUUACAGUAUUUCAUUUAUGUAGUUUGAUCAUUUUCCUCGACCGGUGCACUAAUAUCAUGUGGGUUUUUUUUUUUUUACAUAUGUCUCAUCAUCUACAACAGUGGUUCUUAACCUUGUUGGAGGUACCGAACCCCACCAGUUUCAUAUGCGCAUUCACCGAACCCUUCUUUAGUGAAAAAUAAAAUUUUAUUUCUUUCAAAUUCAAGAAAAAGUCAUGUUUUUUUACUGCUGCACAAAAUGAACUGUGCAUGAACAUCACCUUGUUCAAAGAACAAAACCAACACAGUGCAUGAACUCACAACAAAUUACACACAUUACCAUGAAUUGAUUAACGUGGACCCCGACUUAAACAAGUUGAAAAACGUAUUCAGGUGUUACCAUUUAGUGGUCAAUUGUACGGAAUAUGUACUGUACUGUGUAAACUGUACUGUUUCAUAUAAUGUAUUCUCUUCCUUUGCAAUCUGCUAGUAAAAGUUUCAAUCGAUCAAUCAAAAAACCUGCAAAUCAGAUGGAAAAUUAGAGGGAACAUUGUUUGGGGGGUAUCCAUAAUACGUUGAUAGGGAGAAGUUUUUAUUUACACGAUAAGUCGGAUGUGUCUUUACCUCUGUGGUGGAGGCUCCGCCGAACCCCUGAGGCCGACUCACCGAACCCCUAGGGUUCGAUCAAACCCAGGUUAAGAACCACUGAUCUACAAAGAUACAAAUAAUUGCUAUUGCGACAUCUAGUGGACACAUUUAGAACAGCAGUUUAUUUCAUUCAAAAAUGUCAGGUUAAUUUUUAUACUUAGCAAAUUUAUCCCGUGGGCCGGAUAAAACCUGUUCGCGGGCCUGAUCCAGGCCCUCGGGUAAACACUAUAUUUUAUUUUAUUCAUUUUUUCCCUCAAAACACUGUAUUUUACCAAACAGAUUUUUUAAACAUCCAUUUUGCUCACAUAAUUUCUUUUAUUCAAUGGAAUCGUCAGCAUAAUUUGAAGUUAAAUUCAUUUUUUUUAAUUCACAAAAUUCUGUUACAUAAAUUCAGGGUCCACAAAAAGCGUUGGUAAUAAAGACACAAAUGAACCUCUUUGUGGUGUGAUGGAGCAGGACAAAACUCGCCAGCAAGAAUGUAGAUACAAGUGGCAUAAAGUAAAUUGAACAAUACAAAUAGUUCCUCCUUAACAGCAAGGAUAUUAACUACGAUGUCUGCAAAUAAAUACGCAGAUUUGUUCCUUCCUGGGAACAUUUCUAAUUCAUGUUGAUGUGAAGUAGUUCUCAACCGGCUUUAGUCGAGAUUAACUUCACAGUGACAGUUCAUCUGCAAAAUAUGUGUGUGUUAGCAAAACAAACCCCCCUGGGAGAAGGGUUGGGGGGGGGGCUGAUGGGAGAAGCAGGACAAUCAAAGGCUGCUAUUUUAAUCUGGGCUGCCUCAGAGAUUAGCUCGCCGCAUUGUUUUAAUUGUUUUAACGGGAGGGAGUGAAACGCUCGCUUGUAGGGGAUCCUUGGCGUAAAUCUCAAGUUCAAUAGUUUCUAAAACUUGAGCACCCCCCCACCCACCCCACCUCUGUGACCCCCUCAGGGCUCCCUCAUCCCACUUAAUCCCGGGCUAAUACCUUUCUUUCUAUUGGCUAAUGGCGGAGGGGAGCUCGGCUAAAUGCUUCUUAAAUAGUCCCGGUUGAGAAUGUUUGCAGGCUAUCAUACUGGGGGUGCAGCUGAGCCGGACUGGGACUUACUGGACCAGGGAGCUACCACUGGGAACUUGGGACAGCGUCUCAAAAGUCAAGACUUGCACCUUGUCAGGUGAACAUGAACUCCCUGAGUUUGUGCAGCGGUCCCUCCCUCGUCCCCCUGCAUGACGUCAUGCUGGAUCUCCACCAGCAGAUGGCGCAGCAGUACAGCGUCUACUCCGCCGCCGGCCCCGCAGUGCGCACCCUGUCGGUGGCAGAGAGACUUGCAGAACUUAUAUUAGAGGCCCGCUAUGGAAACCAGCAGAAGCAACGCCGCAGCCGCACAGCGUUCACCGUGCCCCAGCUGCAAGCUCUGGAGAACGCCUUCCAGCAGACCCAGUAUCCUGACGUCAGCAUGAGGGAGAGGCUGGCCGUGUGCAUCAACCUGCCUGAGGCUCGCAUUCAGGUGUGGUUCAAGAACCGAAGAGCAAAGUUUCGCAAAGGUCAAAGAUGUCCCGCCCUCUGCACAGAACAAAAGGAGGACAAGCUGGGAGAGGAUGUGGACCGAGAUGUGGACACUGAAAGCAACAUCCCACUCAAGCCAGCUCUGCCCCAACUUCCUGUGUCAGAUAAAAGACGAGAUCUUUGUCCGCGUACGGACGCUCACCUCGUCUCCAGGCGACCCUGCCCUCCGCUUUUGCCUUUCAUCCCAGGCCGGAGUUACAGCCACUCACCUCACCAGCCUCUUUUUGGGAUGCUGUCCACAGACUUUAUAUCUCCUCCGGAGUUCUGGCCUUUGGUCCAGCAGCAUAGCUCCUGCUUAGGGACCCCUACUUCAGUCAUUACUAAAAACUGCAACCUCUCCUAUCAAACUGCUUCUGCCAAUAAAGCUUUGCUGCAUUUUAACCUGGGAUUGUAACAUAGUGACAGUGAGUGAGUGUGAGUGAGUGAGUGAGUGAGUGAGUGAGUGAGUGAGUGAGUGAGUGAGUGAGUGAGUGAGUGAUCAUUUUGGUCUUACUAGGGUCUGACAUUAUAAGAUGACCCCAAAUGUCACCAGUUAUUAAAAAUAUGAACGUGGUCAAAGCCUUAAUGAACAAGUGCCCCGCCCCCGCCUCACAAGUGUUUAUGCUGAAGAUCCUCAGCCAUAACAAAUGUAAAGCCUCACUCAUAUUGUACAUAUUGUGAUGUUUCUUUUUUUUUAGUAUAUGGAGCUCAUAUAUUUGUAUCUAUAGUAAUGACAAUGGCGGCUAUGUAACAAAGCACUGCAGCAUAUAA